UUUGAAGGGAAAAUAAUGUAUAUAUUUUUCUUUUCAUAUUCACAGAGUACAUCUUCGUCAUCCUUAUCAACACCUACUAGACCCAAUACAGGAGAUGUGAAGGAAUUCAAUUUCAGAUUCCCUCUGAAUCAGAGGAAGAAGUACAGUGUGAUGCAAUUCAAUAGAAAUGACAAUGUUGAUCUCUCCAAAUGGAAGCAGGCUAAGAUGGAACGAGAGAACAACAAGAUCCACUACAAGACGGACCUCGAUGACCUCCCAAAGUUUGGGGCAGGGAGUGAGUUUGGUCGGGAGAGGAAAGAGGAAGCAAGGCAGAAGAAAUACGGCAUCAUCGCACAGAAGUAUAAGGAGGAGGAUCAGCCAUGGAUUCUCAAACAGGGAGCAGCUGAUGGAAAAACAGCUAAAAAGUAUCGUGGAAGGAAGGAGGGAAGGAUAAAUGAGAACUCUAGUUACUUCAUCCUCUCUCAGCUGGCUGAUGGAACAUUUGAGGCAUACCCUGUUGACUCCUGGUAUAACUUCACAGCAAUGCAGACGUAUAAGACUCUAAACGCAGAGGAAGCAGAGGAAGAGUUUGGCAGGAGAGACAAAACGAUGAAUUAUUUUUCGGUGAUGGUGCAGAAAAAACUCAGGGACUCAAAGGAGGAAGAGGAGAUGGAGGAAAAGUCAUCUAAAUCAAAAGGCUCAGAUCUUACCCUAAUGGAGGAUGAUUACUUCUUAUCAUCAGGAGAGGAGAAUGAGGAUAGUGAUGAUGAUGGCGAUGGUGGAGGAGGUAAAUCCAAGUCUAAAAAGAAGGUGAAAGGCAAAGCUAAGAAGACGACCAAGAAGAGACCUAAGAAGAAAGAUGUAGACAGCGAGGCUGAGGAGGAGAGUGAUGAAGGUGACUUUGAUGGCAGGGAGUUUGAUUAUAUCUCAGAACAAUCAAGUGAUGAUGACGAGAUGGAACUAGCCAAAACAGACAUCAAAGGUUUAGAUCAAGAACUCCAACAAUUGGAAGAAGAGGACGAUGAUGAGGAAGAAUCAAAAGAAGAUAACAAAGAAACCAAAGAGGGCGACAAACUUAACGAUUCAAAAGAGAGCAAGGGCAAAGAUAGUGAUGAGAGUAUUUCGGACAGCUCAGGGUCGGACAGCGACAUCGAUGAGAAGAAUAUACAAUCUGCAAUGCUUCUUCAGAAGAAGCAUGGUCGAAGAUCAAAUGAAAAGACGCCCUCUAAGUCAGGUAGCGGGAGCCACAGUAGAUCACAGACACCUACAGUACCAGACAAUUCUCAAACGGAUACUACGUUAUCAGAUGCAGCUAUGAAACUUGAAAAUAAAGAUGUAUCAAGUAAGAAGAGAUUGAACCCGACAGAAUCACCUGCUACUAAGAGACCAAGGACGGAGAGUCCUGUUCCUGGAUCAUCAUCAUCAUCAAACAAGACAGCAUCAGGUCAUGUGCCCUUGACAGAGGAGGAGGUAAAACGAUACCUAAUGAAGAGACCGAUGACCACCAAAGACCUACUGGUCAAGCUGAAUCCCAAGAGGACCGGACUUCCUAAAGAACAAAUCGAGACCAAGCUGGCUGAGAUUUUGGGCAAGCUUGCACCAGAGCAGAGGAAAAAGGAUAAAAAGAUCUACUGGUUUAUCAGAGAACAUUCCAAAUAGUGACGGGUUUCAGAUGGUGGUUCCAUGGACAAUGAUCGGAGAACAAGCAGGAAUUUGGUGUUCUUGAGUAUCAGGGGUUGUGUGAGGUUGCAUAAGCAUUUCUCAGGAAAUAGUCAUUGAUACUGAUGCAUAAUUUCUGGCAUCAUCAUUGUUGACAAAAGGAGAAUCAUGAUCAAGGGUAGUGCCAUCAUCAUCAUCACCUUCAUUAUCAUCAUCAGAAGCAGUAUCAUUGAUAUCAUCAUCAUCACCAUCAUCAUCAUCAUCAAUACCACCAUCAUCAUCAAUACCACCACCAUCAUCAUCAUCAUCAUAAUCAAUACCACCAUCAUCAUCAUCAUCAUCAUCAAUACCACCACCAUCAUCAUCAUAAUCAAUACCACCAUCAUCAUCAUCACCAUCAUCAAUACCACCACCAUCAUCAUCGUCAUCUGAAGCAAUAUCAUUGAUAUCAUCACCAUUAUUAUCAUUAUCAACCACAUCAUCAUUUGGUUAUACUUGUUCCUUGAAGGGAAUUAGGAAAUACAUGUCAUUACAAAAAAGCCUUAGCUACCCUUCUUGGUUUAUCUGCUGGAGGAUCUUCAUGUGACCACUAUUUACUGGAGAUUCCUCCUACUCUUAUGCACAGAAGCACCAGGAGUUCACAAGCAAGAACAUUGAUUUCUGUCGACACAGGCCCUCCAUUUAUUUCGUAAACAAAAUGUUUUGCACUUAACCUGUUGAAGACUGAGUGCAUGCAUAUGCGGGCUGGAGUCUUUGAAUAUGUGUUCUAACAUUAUCAGCAAUAUUAUAUGCCUCUAUGGAAUCAGGAGUGUAUCAUAAAACAACUUGUCUGUGAUUUAUUUGAUGAAUUUGCUAUCAGCAAAUAGAUGCAAGGAUUUCACAAGCUAACUGUUAUUGACUGAAUCACACUCAAAAAUGCUUUAUGAAAAAACAACUUGUCUGUGAUUUAUUUGAUGAAUUUGCUAUCAGCAAAUAGAUGCAAGGAUUUCACAAGCUAACUGUUAUUGACUGAAUCACACAAAAAAAUGCUUUAUGAAAUGUUAUGAUGACUGAACAUGUUCAUACAAUACAGGUCACCGGCAUUAACCCGUAGUUUAACUUGGAAACAUUUCAUUUUUUGACUUAGCCAAUUUUCCCUCAUCAUGAUUUUUUUUUGUUUCAUAAAUUGCUACAAAACACAUCUCCUAAGCCAUUUAAAUCAGAAUAUUGGAAUCCUAAACAAUUAUACAUCUGUGGAAAGCCAAGCAAUGUUGAAUACAACCAUGCAGGUUUCAUUUCUUUUGCUGUCUACAAAACACAUAUUUGCUUUGGAAACAUUAAAAUUUGAAAAUGGGCUUUUUAUGCUUCACACCAAUGUGAAAUCUCUGAUGCCAUCUUAUAUGAACAAAGUUAUGUUUAUAUGCAUUUGUACAAAGAAAAAAUUGAUUAUUUUCAUUUUGUCCAUAUUAGAAAUAAAAUUGAAAGGUAAUAUAAUAUUAUUCCAUCUGACCAUAUCUUUUUGCAAUUCAGGCUGAUGAGAAAUGCAUUAAAUCUCAUUUCUGAGGCUCACAGAUUUAAGUGCUUCUAAACCAAAUGAUUGGCUGGUUACUGAUGAGAACUGCAUGAAACUUUCAUAGAUGUAGGUAUAUCUUGUAGCAUGUUUUAAUUAUUGGAAUGGUAGAAUGGUAGAUCACAUAAUCAUGACAAGAAUUUGAAUAAUAGUGAAAAUCUCAAGGAAUUCUGAAAAUUGUUGUUUCCUUUUGCAGAGUGUGUUUCAUAAAGUGAUAUGGAUGAAACCUAGGUCCAAAUGAGAUGCCAUCACUCUCUCAACUUCUUCCCCAAAACAUUUAAUAAUUGGUUGAUAAUAGAAGAAUGGCAUGUCUGAAAUGAAAUGUGGGUUGUCCUUACAGAGAUAAGAUAAUUUUCAGUAUACCAAGUUUUCAUAAUAUAGCAAGCUAUUAUCUUAGCCCUGGAGAUUAGACAAGAUAAAAUAAAAUUCAAGGCAAUUUUCAACAUACCACUGCAGGGUACAUUAUCUUGGUUAUCAAUCUAAGUUAGGUGAAACUAUUCCUCAGCAUUCCUUGAUAGGAAACUUGUCAAAUUCUGUGCUGCGUCGUUUAGCAAGAAUCCCGCUGUAGAAGAGCUGCAUAUCUUUUUGGAGCAGCUUACCCGCAUUUCCCAUUAUGUGUAUUCUGUGAUGAAAUGUGAGAAUGGGUAAUUUAAAGCUGCUUGCAGGAUUCCUGUGGUGCAGGAAAGACUAGUCUCUGACUUUUCACAAUGUAUCUUAGAAGUGAAGACUAAUUAAAUUUGACUAAACCCAGUAUCAACCAAUGAGAAAACCAUACAUUAUUUACCAUUCUGUCUGCAAUUGCUGAAACACUUUAGAACAUCUAGAAACAAGGAAAAUCAUUUCCUCUCAGUUGACUAAACUAUAAGCUUCUUGAAAAGAAGGGGAAAUGAUAAAAGAGAAAAGGGUCCUGCGUAAUGCUCGAAUAGAAAGUAUCUUUUUUCUUAAAUUAUACAUUUUUGAGAAUUUGUAUAAAAUGUAUAUUUCUACUUGUCAACGACAAUAAACUACAUUGAAAAUGUACAAAUA